AUGGGACCUGUGCCGAGAGGCAUGAUCGAGGAGACAGAGGCGACCAAGUCACGUAUCGAGCAGCUCGAAGGGCACGUGUCGGGGAUAUACAAGAAGCUGGACGAGAUGACCAGCGUGCUUGCGCGCUUGGCAGGACCGCCAACGAGCACGACGCCGGCAGCGCAGAGCGACAUCCUCUCGCCGCGGGCUCAGCUGCACUCGCACUCGAGCCAUUCGAACCACCACAGCAACAGCAACAGCCACAACCACAACCACACACAUGCGCACACGCCUCUGAACCAGCACACGCCGCAGCAGAACCAUGGGACGUUCCGGCCUCCGCCGCCGCCAUCGCUCCCCUCGACGGGCAGCGUGAUGAGCAUGGCGGUCCUGCCGGACCCGCCAGAGCCGAAGGAGCCCGAGCCUCCAGCGUCGCGGUCCUCGUCACCGCUUAGCGCAGACGACAUGCUCGAGAGCGCGAUGGAGGGUGAACCGUUCCGUCACUUCACACGGAAGGAGGAGGAAUUGCACUUCAUCGAGCAGCACGGCAGCCUGCCCGCCGGUGGGGCGCCGCGGCCAAAGAAGCGCAAGACAAACGAGCAAGCGGGAGAAUGGACACACUCGCCGAUCCACGAGCGCGGCGACCCGCUGCGGCACUCUUUCGUCGACCCCGUCUCUUCGGGCUUGAUCGGCGAACCGGAAGCGCGGGCCCUCUUCGCCCGCUUCUACAAGUACGCGCAUCCGUUCAUCCCCGUCUUCGACCCCGAGCACGACACGUACGACAGUCUCAUGCGAAGAUCCCCGUUUUGCGUCACAGUCAUCCUCAUGGUUGCGCUGCACCACGGCGAGAGCCUGAGUGGCGUCAAGUCGGACGUGUGCCAGCGCAUCCGCUCCGAGGCUGAGAAGAUGGUGAAGGAGACGUUGUUCUCGCCCGCCGCAACGCUAGAGACGGUGCAGGGGCUUGUGACCAUGAUCUCGUACUCUGAGCACGCUUGGCGGACGUGCUGCCACGUCAUGAGUCUUGCCGUUGACAUGCGGCUGUAUCGCUGCCUGCCUUAUCUGCACAAGAUCAGGAAGGAUUCGCGGCACCCCGACCGGUUGCUGGAGCGGCAGCGUCCCCUCGUCGUCGGUGCUAGGACGUGGCUUGCGAUUGUCCGUCUCUCAUACGAAAUGAGCUUCAACCAUUCGCUGCCUAUCCAGUUUGGCUCCCCGCAACGACUGCAAUACGCGCGCGAACUCAUCGACCACCCCUACAGCACGCCACUGGACUCCCGUCUGGUGAUCGCGUGUGAGAUGUGCGAACAGCGCGAGAUCGCCUUCAGACCCUGGGAGAGUAUCGCGAUGCUGCACCCGAGCGAGAUUGAUGCCGGAAUUCGCCGCGCCAACAACGGAAUCAAGGAGCUGUACGCCCACUGGCUGUCGUACUACGAGGAGCAGGGGUUGGAGCGGGACCACUUCCUCAUGAUCGAGCUCGAAAAUCAGAAGGCUUACUGCCUCAUGUACGCGAACAGCUCCGCUUGGUACGGCGUGCUGAAGCGCGAGGACGUCUUCCGUCUCUCGCCCGAGCGCAGAGAGUGGAUUCAGGAGGCGAUGCGGAGCGGCGCCUUCCUGGUCGGAUCGCUUGCGAAUCAGAGACUUGAGAAGGAGUCCGAGUUCGGCAAUCACAACUACUGUAUCGUCGCCACAGCGCGGUAUUUGAUCCGCAUGGCUGAGCUCCUCCCGACGGCGUGCGACCUGCAUGAGAUCUCGCUCAACAUCGACAAGCUUCUGCUCAAGCUGCCCGUAUAUCCCGUGAAGCCAUUCAGCGACGGCCUGCGGCGCACACUACGCAAGGCGCGGGAACAGGGCGUGCUGCCGUCCACGCGCAUGACGACGGAUUCGUCGCCGAUGGACGACUCGCAAAGCCUCGCCGCCACCCUCGCUGCGAACACGGAGUACCCGGGCUUCAACCCGUUCCCGUGGCACGAUCCCGUGCAGGCCGCAGGGCAGAUUGGAGGCGCAGGCGUGCCCCAGGCGAACAACGUUAGCUGGCCUGAGGAACUCAAUCUCUCUGCAUGGUUCCCCGUGAAUGAGGAUCCGGCGGCGUUGGGGCUGGAUGUUAGCGCGCUCCAGGGCGAGGAGAUGGUGAACUGGUUCCCGGCCGCACCGCAGGUUUGGCUUGAGGAGUAA